AUGACUUUUGGAAAAAAUUUGCUAAUUUUUGCAAUUUUCUGCAUUCUACAACAUUUUGCUUAUUUGAUCGAAAUAUCAGAAGAUGAAAGAAAUUAUCGAAUUAAACGUCAAUGUGGAUGUUGUUCAUGCAACAAUUCUGGAACAUCUUGUGCAUGCUCAUCGCCAUGUGCAUGUGCUGCUAGUAAUUAUGCAACCGGUUAUGGUUAUGGUAAUAUGGGAUACGGUGGUAAUGGUAUCAAUUUUAAUGCUGGAUAUAAUGGUUAUGGUUAUGGUUAUGGUAAUAUAGGAUAUGGUGGUAAUGGUAUUAAUUUUAAUGCUGGAUAUAAUGGUUAUGGUUUUGGUUCCAAUCCAGAAAAUUUAUACACUACCUACGGUCAAUAUAAUCCAAUUGCUUAUGGUAGUAAUUACAAUAUGGGAAAUGGAUGUGGUCUAGGAGGAGGAAUAGCUUUACCAGGAGGUUGUGGUGCAAGCAAUAUGUUUCCGUAUAAUUUCGGUAGAGGUUAUAACGGCAAUUUUGAUACCAGUAAUACCGGAUACAUUUAUCCACAAGUAACCAGUUGUUCAACAGCAUUUAAUACACGUUGCUAUUGUGGAACUGGUUAUUCACCAUGUAAUAAUGGUACUUUAUGUUGUAGGAAUGGUACUAAUUAA